AUGGCCUCUUCAUCCUCACCUUCAUCCUCAUCCCCCGUCUUCGACGUCCGGGAACACACCAUUCAAGCCUCACACAUACGCGAAUACCCUCGCGCAACAGCAGUCUCCCAGGACGAACCCCUCCUCCUCCACGUCAAGCAAUACACGCCCAAGCACGGCGGCCCUCCGCGCAAAGGCGACAUUACCAUCAUUGGCGCCCACGCAAAUGGCUUCCCCAAGCCCUCAUCUCACUUCAUAUCUCCCACUAACAUCUUCAUGUUACAAAACAACACAGCAAGCUGGCUCGACUACGCCCGCGACAUCCUCCACCUCAUCAACACCUUCCGCCCUCCCCGCCCCCUCAUCGCCAUGGGCCACUCCUUUGGCGCAAACGCCCUCACAAACGCAGCCCUCGCCCACCCGCGCCUCUUCGCCGGCAUGGUCAUGCUCGACCCCGUCAUCGCCCGCUUCGCCUCCAGCCGCAAGGACCUCCCCAGCUCGCCCGAGACGUACGCCUCGCCCGCCUCCCUCAGCGCCUUCCGCCGCGACACCUGGCCCUCCCGCGACGCCGCCGCCGCGGCGUUCCGCUCAAAGGCAUUCUACCAGUCAUGGGACCCCCGCGUCCUCGAUCUCUUCAUCCGCUACGGCCUCCGUGACGUCCCCUCCUCAUCCUCAUCCUCCUCCUCCCUAAAGCUGCCCGACGAGACGAUGCAGCUCGACGACUCCAAACACAAGGUGUACAUCUACGACCUCGACGCCGAGCUCUCCUCCGACAGCGACCUCGACCCCUCCACCAACCUCCUCACAAACCCCUCCCUCGCCCCCGACCACGACAUCGACCCAAGCGCCCCCUCCACCAUCCCCUUCUACCGCCCCGAAGGCAACAACACCGCCGCCCGCCUCCCCCACCUCAGGCCCCCCGUCCUCUACGUCUUCGGCGCCACGUCAACCGUCUCCCCGCCACACCUCAUCCGCGAGAAGCUCGAGACGACGGGCGUCGGCGUCGGCGGCAGCGGCGGCGCAAGGCCCGGCCGCGUCAAGCACAUCACCCACCCGCAGGCCGGCCACCUCGUGCCCCUCGAGGAGCCCCUCUUCUGCGCCGCGGCCGCCGCCGGCUGGAUCAAGGCCGAGAUGGACAGGUGGUGGGACGAGGAGAAAGAGUACGAGCAGUGGACCCGGAAGCCCCUGGAGGAAAAGGCGACCCUCGACGACGAGUUCAAGAAGCGCCUUGCGUUGCCCAACCGUAAGGGCGACAAGACCAAAGCGAACCUCUAG